AUGGCGUUCCUUGUCGCUCUCGCUCUCCUGGCAAAAUGCUGCCUCUUCACAGCCGACUUCCUCCUCUCCAACAUCAUCGCUUACUACAUUCUCCAGAAGGGCAUCGACAUGAUGGAGGAGUUCCAGUCCGAGACCGACAGCGACUACACCAGUUACUGGCGUGACUGGUUCAUCUCCUCGCGUGGCAACGAGUACUUUUGUGAGAUCGACGAAGAAUACAUCACCGACCGCUUCAACUUGACUGGCCUUAACACGGAAGUCCACUACUACCAACACGCUCUCGACCUCAUCACUGACGUAUUCGACCUCGACUGUGAAGAUGACAUGCGCGAGACGAUCGAAAAGUCUGCACGUCAUCUGUACGGGCUCGUCCAUGCGCGCUACAUUGUCACCACCCGCGGCUUGGCCAAGAUGGUUGAGAAGUUUAAGAAAUCUGAUUUCGGCCGUUGCCCACGGGUCAUGUGUGAGAGUCACCCGCUUCUGCCCUUCGGACCGAGCGACAACCCGGGCCUCAAGACCGUGAAGCUCUACUGCGCCAAGUGCGAGGACAUCUACAAUCCCAAAUCAUCUCGUCACGCCGCCAUCGACGGUGCCUACUUCGGCAGUUCCUUCCACAACAUCUUGUUCCAGGUCUACCCCGCUCUUGUCCCGGUCAAGUCCAGGAGACGCUACGAGCCCAAGGUCUUCGGAUUCAAGGUGCAUCACGCGGCUGUCUUGGCCAGGUGGCAGGAUGCUGUGAGGAGACAGCAGCGCCGACGAUUGGAGGAAGCUGGCGUGGUCGCCGAAGGGCAGCAAUUGUUCAUCGAGGGUGCCGAGAGCAGCGACGGGGCCGGUGACGAUCGCGCCGAAGAACUGGACGACGACGAACUCGGCGACAAUGGUGAUCGCAGAAUGGCUGCUGCCGGUGGCGAGACCGAGGGUGUGGCCUUGUACGGAGCUAACCCAGUUGGUGGGCAGGCAGCGCACUGAACAAUGGAAUCACGACAUGCAUUGAGAAACGGCGUUACGAGAUCAUGGCAGAUUUGAUGUAACGAAUCGGUUGAGGAAAAGCGUGAAGGCGGGUCAUUGCUUGCACAAAGAGUGCUUGAGCACACCGCCGGCGUCGGCAUCGGCGUCCAGGCGUUCUAUCGUCCUCUGGGACCACUGAACACAUGGGGAAUUCAAUGGCUGAAAUAUGAAGAGCUGUGAGGGCUUGAUCGAGGGUAAGGUGUGUUGUGCAAAGGACAGGGCACAGGUCAUACCGCCAGUAUGUAACGGAGACAUCGUUCUAGAAAUACUGAACUUCAACCAGCUUGAAUGAGCAGAUCCGGGUUCAAGAAUCAACUCUCAUUAUUGUAGCUGGCUGGAAGGCGACCGUUUGCCUGCCCGUGCUGCAUUUUGC